CCUUCUCAUUUCUCUCAACCAAAACCAAAAAUCCCUUCAUUCUAAAUCAUCUCAAUUCUCUUGUUCUACUAAAAAAAAUAUUUUUUUUACUAAAAAAAAAUAUUAAAUACCAAUAAAUUCAUCACACACACAAAAAAAAAAGAUAUUAGAUAGAUAAGAAAAAAUGUCAGGUGUUUGGGUGUUUAAGAAUGGUGUGUUUCGUUUGGUGGAGAAUCCUCAAGGAGAAGAUGGAAGAAAUGGGAAGAGAAAGAUGUUGGUUCAUUUGCCAACAGGGGAAGUGGUAACUUCUUAUGCUUUUCUUGAGAGAAUAUUGAUGGGUUUAGGUUGGGAGAGGUACUAUGAUGGAGAUCCUGAUUUAUACCAAUUUCAUAAACACUCUUCUAUUGACCUAAUUUCUCUACCUAAAGAUUUUUCAAAGUUCAAUUCCAUCAAUAUGUAUGAUAUUGUCAUAAAGAACCCUAAUGUUUUCCAUGUUAGGGAUAAGUGAGUUCAUUUGGCUACUACCACUAGCUAAGUAGCUAGCUAGCUCAUGCAUUUAUCUUUGAUUUUUUUUUUUUAUUGGGGUUUUUAGAUUUAUUUUCAUGCUUGUGUGCCUCUAUACAUAUAUAGCUAGCUAGAGUUUUGUGGAAACUCUAGUGAUUUAUAAGCUUGUUGGUUUUCAUUUGUUUUUGUUCAUAAGAGAGUGAAUAAGUAACUAUAGAUGAUUGAUGUAUGACUAGUGUAUAUUUGCUUGGAGUGCUUUUUGUAACAUGUUGAGUAUUGAUUUCUAAUAAUAACAUUAUUCCUUGCAUUUCAA